AUGGCGGGAGCCGAGGCUGGGGACGCGGCCGGAGCCCAGGCCCCGCAGCCGCAGAAGCGCUACUAUCGGCAGCGUGCCCACUCCAACCCCAUGGCGGACCACACGCUGCGCUACCCUGUGAAGCCAGAGGAGAUGGAUUGGUCUGAGUUAUAUCCAGAAUUCUUUGCUCCACUGACUCAAAAUCAGAGCCACGACGACCCAAAGGACAAGAAAGAAAAGAGAGCUCAAGCCCAAGUGGAAUUUGCAGACAUAGGCUGUGGCUAUGGUGGCCUGUUAGUGGAACUGUCACCGCUGUUCCCAGACACACUGAUCCUGGGUCUGGAGAUCCGGGUAAAGGUCUCAGACUAUGUACAGGAUCGGAUUCGAGCUCUACGAGCAGCUCCUGGAGGUGGCUUCCAGAACAUCGCCUGUCUCCGUAGCAACGCCAUGAAACACCUUCCUAACUUCUUCUACAAGGGCCAGCUGGCAAAGAUGUUCUUCCUCUUCCCUGACCCACAUUUCAAGCGGACGAAGCACAAGUGGCGAAUCAUCAGUCCCACACUACUGGCAGAAUAUGCCUACGUGCUGAGAGUUGGGGGGCUGGUAUAUACUAUAACUGAUGUGCUGGAGCUACACGAAUGGAUGUGUACCCAUUUUGAAGGGCACCCCCUCUUUGAGCGUGUGCCUCUGGAGGAGCUGAGUGAAGACCCUAUUGUGGGACAUUUGGGUACCUCAACUGAGGAGGGAAAGAAAGUUCUACGCAAUGGAGGAAAGAAUUUCCCCGCCAUCUUCCGAAGAAUACAGGAUCCCACCCUCCAGGUGGUGACCCCGAGUCCUACCCCUCCUGGUCACUGA